AUGCAGGUAUCUCUGCCGCCUUUGGACGCCGCGUGGGACCCGACCCUGCAGACUGACGACGGCGAGGAAUAUUGCUGGACGCCGUUGCAGCUUGCCGCCAGAGGCGGAGAACUGGACAGAAUCCGGGAAAUCCUUGCCGCCAACCCGGCCGCCGUCAACGAGCCCCCGCGCGGAUACUACGGACAGACGGCCAUCCAAGCUGCUUGUAUGCACGGCCAAGAACAGGCCGUGCAGAUGCUGGUCGAUGCCGGAGCCGAUAUCCACUUCUGUGGGGGCAACAACUUCCAGAGGAAUGCUUUGCAGAUUGCUUGCGGGCACGGGAACGAGAAGGUUGUCGACGUCUUGCUAAAUGCGGGUGCCAAGCAUCAGAGCGAGGACAUGAGCAUUUGGUUAGCCGACUUCUGGAGCUAG